AUGACUCCAGAAUGGAGUAACGUUUACUUUCCCAAUUCAGACGAAUGCAUCAAUAGACUAUAUAGUAAAGAAGAUUCGGACCCUCCAGUGUUUCUAAAAGACCAUAGUGCUUUCGCCAGUGUUUCGAUAAGCCCAACCCCCAAACAAUCUUGUGCCACCGGAAGUAAUCCCAAUGUCUCCGAAACUUCAGCCCUCCUGUUUUCCUUGUCGAAUGAACCCUACACAGACGUUUACGUAGAUGGCGCGUGUGGAGAUAAUGGUGGAACGAGGCCCAGAGCAGGCAUAAGAGUGUGGUUCGGACCUGACCACCCCCUUAAUGUGUCGCGAAGAUACGGAAGACGACAAACCAACAACGCCUCAGAAAUCGAAGCGGCUACAGUGGCGAUCCGUCAGGCAAGGAAAGCUGGGAUCAGAAAACUUAGAAUUAAAACUAAUUUCAAAGUUCUUGUCCAAGGCAUAAAGGUAUGGGUUCCAAAAUGGCAAAAGAACGACUGGAAGACGAACGACAACAAACCCGUCAAAAACCAAAAGGCCUACGAACGAUUGAUAAAAGCCUUGAAACAUGCUGACGUUGUCUGGGAGCAUGUACAAAGACAUGAUGGUAUUGAAGGUAAUGAAAACGCAGAUCGCUUUGCUAGAGAUGGUGCACUCCUCAAACCACCUUCAGAAUCGAGCUCUUCUUCUGAAUCAUCUGCAGAAGAACCGGAAGAAGAACAAGCUCCAGAAAAUAUAGUGAUCAGCGUUUUGCCACGUCCUAUUAGCAGCAAAGAAUGUUCGGACUUUAUCAACGAUGAAGACCAAUGGAAACAGAAUCACCCCUGCAUUGACCUCGACAAAUCAGUCCAAAAAUUUGAGGAAUUUCUGGCCAAAAGAGGUGUCAACCCAUCGGACCUCACCAAUCAAACCUUGGCUUAG